AUGGCUUCCCCUAGCGUUCUCACCUUUGACGCUGAGGGUCGGGCAGUGGACUUUGAGGUCUGGGUAGAUGAUCUGCAGCUUUUCCUGCAGCGCGAUAGGGCAGACGGCCUCUCCCUGUUUGACCUCACUUCUGGUGCCUCCCCUGCCCCCGCUGCUGAUGCUGACGCCACUAUUCGCUCACAGUGGGCCACACUCAAGGACCACUUCCUCUCUGUUUGCCCCACCACUCUCACCGUUGACCUCCUCGAGAAGGCCCUCCUAGCGAUAGAGAAGAGCAUAGUCGCUGUAGGAGCCUCUCGUGGUGACCCUCGCACCCCCGUCUUUGAUGGGUGUUCUCCCUCCCCCCUCUUGCCCUCUGUUGCCUCUGCUGCUGUGGCCGACCUCGUUGGUUUCGAGUCGGUCGGCGCUGCGUCUGCCCCGAGCGGGAGACGCCGCACCGGCAAGGGCAAGGGGGGCAAGGGCACUAGAGGAGGUGGAGGGGGCGGUGGAGGUGGUGGUGGAGGCGGUGGAGGGAGUGGGGGUGGUGGUGGGAGUGGUGCUGGGGGUGGCGGCGGCGGCAGCGGCAGCAGUGGAGGCGGCGGAGGCGGUGGAGGUGGCGGAGGGAGCGGAGGCGGCGGAGGUAGUGGAGGAGGCGGAGGUGGAGGAGGCGGCGGAGGCGGCGGAGGCGGCGGCGGCGGCGGAGGCGGCGGCGGCGGCGGAGGCGGCGGUGGUGGAGCGAGUCGCGACUCUGCGUCGAGGAGUGGCGCCGGUGGUGGUCAGCGCCAGCAGCAGCAGCGGAGUGGUGUGACCCUGUCCCCUCAGCAGCUUCGUGAGUGGGUUGCUAUCUUUGAUCUUGACUUUGAUGCUAUUCUUGCUGCCAUGUAUGCUGUUGCUGAUAGUGUUGAGGGUGCCCGUAACCUGUGUGUACCGCCUGACCCGGGCAUUGAGGCUGCUGCGCUAGGUGCUGGUGAGACUACUGCUCUAGGUGCUAGUGCGUCUGCUGCCCCAGGUGCCACUGCGUCUGCCGCCCCAGGUGCUGGUGAGUCUGCUCUCUCAGGUACUACGUCGGCUCAGGCCUUCCACACCUUCACCCUGGACUCGGGUGCGUCCCGCUCCUUCUUUCGAGACCGCACCACUCUUACGCCGCUUAGUCGGCCGGUUGCAGUCUCCCUGGCAGACCCCUCUGCGGGUCCUGUCCUUGCUAGCUUCUCCACUGUCCUUCCGUGCCCUGCAGCCCCCUCAGGCUCCCUGUCUGGUCUCUACCUCCCCUCGUUCUCUACGAGCUUGGUGAGUGGAGCGGACCUACAGGAUCGAGGGGUUGACCAGUUCACUCCUGCGAGUCAGCGAGUGACCCACUGCAGGUGUGCUCGGACAGGCCGACACUUGGCCACGUUCACCCGUCGGCCAGGGUCUAGCCUGUACACCCUUACUGCUGAGUCUCCUCCUACUGCUGAGUCUGCCGAGGUAGCUGCGUCGAGUCAGGUGUUUGCUGCGGCGUCCAGGUCUGGUCCUGAGUCUGCCCCCUGCUCGUGUCGUUUGCUGUCCCACCAGACUCUCCUUUGGCACCACCGCCUUGGUCACCCCUCCUUGCCUCGUCUCCGAGGCAUGGCCUCCCGUGUCCUUGUCUCUGGUCUUCCUUGGUCUCUCGCUCCCCUUCCUCCGGGGCCUGGCCCUACCUGCGUCCCCUGCGUCGAGGGGCGACAGCGCGCCGACCCUCACUCCUCCGAGUUUCCUCCGACAGAGGCUCCGCUGCAGACUCUACACAUGGACGUGUGGGGCCCAGCCCGCGUCAGUGGGCAGGGAAGAGAGCGGUACUUUCUGCUGGUCGUUGACGACUACUCGCGUUACACCAUAGUCUUCCCCUUGCACAGCAAGGGUGACGUCACUGAGGUGUUGAUCGGCUGGAUCCGCGCAGCUCGUCUCCAGCUCAGAGAGAGUUUCGGCUCGGACUUUCCUGUUUUGCGUCUGCACUCGGACAGAGGAGGGGAGUUUUCCUCUGCCCGUCUGGGAGCCUUCUGUCGGGCACACGGCAUCCGCCAGACCUUCACGCUUCCGGCCUCUCCACAGCAAAAUGGGAUUGCUGAGCGCCGCAUUGGCAUGGUCAUGGACGUCGCGCGUGCGUCCAUGAUGCAUGCGGCUGCCCCCCAUUAUCUGUUGCCGUUUCCGGUUCAGUACGCCGCGCAUCAGCUCAACCUUCAGCCCCGAGUCUCCUUGCCAGAGACCUCCCCCGCCUUGCGGUGGACAGGGAAGGUUGGCGAUGCGUCUGGGUUUCGGGUCUGGGGAUCUCGGGCGUUUGUCCGCGACUUGUCUGCGGACAAGCUGUCCCCCCGUGCUGUUCCUUGCGUCUUCCUUGGCUUCCCCCCUGACGCGCCUGGCUGGCAGUUUUACCACCCCACCACGCGCCAUGUGUUCUGUCCUCCCAGGACGUCACCUUUGACGAGUCGGUGCCUUACUACCGUCUCUUCCCCUACCGCACUGCGCCCCUCCCCCCGCCGCCGCUCUUCCUUGCGCCAGGUGCUACUCAGGUAG